GUGUGUGUGUGUGGUUGUUCCUCCUUUGUGUUGACACUUCACAGUUUCUCCUUCAAGUGACCGAGGAGGAGAACUGUCGACCAUGUCAGUGAAAUACAACACGAGGCCACACAGGAGCUUCUGGAAAGGUUUAAUCUCACGUACUUCCACUGUUCUAACCAACAGGACGAUGUCAGCUGCAGAAAGAAAACAGCUGCUAAAUAACCUGUGACCCAACAUGAGGAUCGGAGAGAGAGGAGGCGAGGAGCGACGCUCUGAGGACUCUGUGACGACGAUGACGACGAUGACGACCUAUGUGUAUAUUAUGCGUGUGUUCAAAAUAAAGAUAAGUGUAGGAAAAGAUUCUUCAAAUCAAAUAUUUUUUUUGAUUUAACUCUGGAAUUCUUUUGAAAGAAUCGUUUAUGUCGACUUUUCACUUUUUUUUUUUUUGAUAUUUGUGGUCACAUUUAUUUCAGUUUUAUGUUUUCAGAUUCAAAUCACUUUUUUUCAGUGUCGAAUCAAAUUUUCACAUUUCUCCCUUUUUUCACUUUCAGAUCUUUUUUCGUUUUCAGGUUGAUUUUUUUCAGUUGAGACUUUUGGGACAAAUGUGGCGUGGGGGCGUGGUGUCACCUGAAGGGGCGUGGCAUCAUGGACGAGAGCAUGACAAAGAAGGCUGGGGCGGGACGUUCCUCGAUCAUGUUGCCUUCAGGAAACAUAGCGCAGUAGACGCUCGCUAUGGCGUCCGCUCCACCGAGACAACAGCUGACACCAGCACUCAGGUAAGAAACGAUCGGUUUUUUAACAUGCUCUUGCGAGUGCUGGUGCCUGCAGGUCAACGUGACAAUUGAAGCACCUGUCGGGUCACAUGGUUCGCGUCCUGCUCGACUACAUGGAUCACGUGACCCUGUGCUCCAAGCUGAAGGCGGCGCUGAUGGAGCAGCAGCAGUGGCCCGACAUCUGCAGGCUGCAAGAAAACGCUCGCUGUCUGCAGCAUCUCUGCCGGCUGCGGAUCCGUCGCUGUCUCGGGCGCCUCCGUCUCCGAUCGCCCGUCUUCAUGAGCUUCCUGCCGUUUCCGGGGCGACUGAAGGACUACGUCCUGUACCGGGAGUACGACCUCUACUGCGGUCGCCAGGGCAACGCGCCCGGGCUGACGCGGGAGUGAGGAUCGAGAAAAUUGUUAAAAAUGAUGAUGUAAAAAAUAUAUUUCCUCGUAUUCUACAUCAUAUUUAAUAGUGAGAGACAAGAAAGAAAUUGUAAUUUUUUACGAAAAUAUUUUAUUGUAUUUUUCUAUCAGAGAUGUUUAUUCCUGCCCCUUUUUUUUUUUUUUUUUUUUAAUGUUUUUAUGAAGCAUCAAAGCAAAAACAACUGAUGUGAACCAAAAAUAUUUAUAUUUUCAUCAAAGGAUGGAAAACAAAAAAGUGAAACAACAUAUUAUCAUGUCAGAGUUGUUUAGGGGGAAAAUGGUGUCAGCUUCUAAUUGGUGUUUCUUACAGAAGAGUAUUAGGACCUGGCAGAAGAGGAAAGAUGAGGGGGAAGUAUUUAUUAAUUUAUUUAACAUUUCGAGAGUCAAAAUGUCGAGAAUCAAGUUGAAAUAUCGAGAUUAAAGUUUAAAUGUCCCUAAACGUCCGUGUUGUGGUUCCAGUUCACACGUCCACGAUCACUAACGUUAGCAAAGCUACGCUAGCUCCGCUAACUGCGCGACUCUAUAAAUUCAUGAACGGUUGUUUGCAGGUGAACGUUAUCGUGUCAGGACACACGUCGACGUCCAUGUUCAAACACGCGUUGUCACCGCGUCGUUUCUUCCAGAUUCAACUGUCCAUCAUAAUAUCGCAGCUUUACAACUUUGUUAGCAGCUAGCGUUAGCUUAGCAAACUGGCUAACAAAACAUCGAUAUCCGGUUGUUUGGAGCUGAAAAGUGCUUCCGGGUCACAAUUUUCGACUAGAUUCCUCAUUUCUUCUUCUUCUUAUGGCUGGCCCUAAUACUCUCCCGUAGUUUCUCUCUAAUUAUCAAUUUUAAAAACACAGAUGUGCAUCACAUUUUGUCCAUACUCUUAUAUUUCAGAUGAGUUGUCUUAUUAUUUCAUUCUAUCUUGAUCAAAUUAAAUUGAUUUGAUAGUUUUGCUGUGAAGUGUGAAGAUAAGCUUAAAUAAUAGUGUGUGUGUGUGUGUGUGUGUGUGUGUGUGUGUGUGUGUGUGUAAGCUUUACGAUAAAGAUUGAAAAUAAUAUUAUUGAAAUGAUACAGGAUUAUAAUAUCGUGUGUGAGAGAGACAAAGAAGGGCUGACUUGAAGUAUGUAUCUACAAAUGAUAAACUUUUGGAGCUGGUGUGUGUAUGUGUGUGUCUGUGUGUGUGAGCGAGCUUUACAAUAAAAUGAUAAACAUCUACAAAUGAUAAACUUUUGGAGCUGGUGUGUGUGUGUGUGCAUAUGUGUGCGUGUGUUUGUGUCCACAGAUGAUUAACUUGUGGCACACACAGAGCACAGCUAAAAACCAAAGUGUUCCAUGGAGUCAGAGUCCAUUUCACCUGAGCAGGAGUUAAUCAUCUGUACACACACACACACACACACACACACACAGAGGGAGGAGCAGCUGGAGUCAGAGUCCAUUUCACCUGAGCAGAACAGCUGGAAAACAGGAAACUGACGCAGUUAUAAUUCAAGGACAUAGACAAAACAGAGAUUUUGUCCUUGUUUGCAUGUUUUGUGACCUGCUGCAGGAGACUGAGGGAGAGGCCUGACAGCCUGUGUAUGUUGACCGUGUCCCUUGCUAAUUCCAUAGGAUUAAAUGCACAGAUCCUGAAUCCUGAUCUGAGUGCUGUCUUUCUGAGCUUGAGCGAUCAUAGUACAGCCUGUUACAUAUCUACAAAUGAUUAACUUUUGGAGCUGAUUGGUUCAAGUGGGAACAGAACGGACAAACACACACACACACACACAGACACACAGAGGGAGGAGCAGCUGAAAACGAUUGUUCUGUGGAGUCAGAGUCCAUUUCAACUGAGCAGAAUUUAAUCAUCUGUACACACACACACACUCAAACACACACACACACACACACACACACACACUCAAACACACACACACACACACACACACAGGGGAGGAGCAGCUGAAAACGAAAGUGUUCAGAGUCAGACUCCAUUUUAACUGAGCAGAACAGGAGGAAAACAGGAAACUGCCUCAUCGUCUGUGGGAGGAAGGUCCAGGCUCGAUCACAGAGAAGAGUUGGUUCAUCAGAACAGAGGAAACGACAGAGUCACAGCUCUGAACACUCGUUGGAACAAGAGAGGACGAGGAGACGAACAUGGAGGAACAUGUUGGAGCUUCACCUCUCAGACCAGAGAAGAUGAGUGAUCUGGAGGAAGACGAGGACAGAGCAGAGUCUCCAGUGUCCAGCUGUGUGUCCAUGAAGAGUGACCGGUCCAAAGGUCGUCCUCCAAACUUCAGUGGUGAACCUGGACCCUCACACUCUGAACAAAGAUCAGAGUCUCCAGUGUCCAGCUGUGUGUCCAUGAAGAGUGACCGGUCCAAAGGUCGUCCUCCAAACUUCAGUCGUGAACCUGGACCCUCACACUCUGAACAAAGAUCAGAGUCUCCAGUGUCCAGCUGUGUGUCCAUGAAGAGUGACCGGUCCAGAGGUCGUCCUCCAAACUUCAGUCGUGAACCUGGACCCUCACACUCUGAACAAAGAUCAGAGUCUCCAGUGUCCAGCUGUGUGUCCAUGAAGAGUGACUGGUCCAAAGAGCUUCCUCCAAACUUCAGUCAUGAACCUGGACCCUCACACUCUGAAGAGAAGAGGAGUCAUGUUUCUGAGGAGAAGCUGCCGUCCUGCUGUGCUUCUUGUCAGGACGUCCUGAAGGAUCCAGUCUCCACCAGCUGUGGACACUGGCUCUGCAGACGCUGCAUCACCUCAUACUGGGACCAGUCGGGUUCACCAGGAGAGUCCUCCUGUCCCCAGUGUGGACAAAGAUCCAGAACAGGACCUGGAGCUCAGACAGCAGGUCAGAGCAGCUCUGUGCAGACAGAUCGUGGUCUGCAGCAAGUUCUAGAUGAACAUAAGAUCAGUCUGAGGAGGAGAUGUGAACGUGUGACUGAAGGAAGUGAUGACAGAGGAAGUGAAACCCUCCUCAACAGGAUCUUCACUGAGCUCUACAUCACAGAGGGACAGAGUGAAGAGGUCAAUACCCAACAUGAGGUGAGGCAGCUGGAGACGACUUCCAAGAAGAAGACCCUCCAUGAAACUCCCAUCAAGUGCCACGACAUCUUUAAAGACGGACCCGACCAGCAGAGACGCAUCAGAGUCGUCCUGACGAACGGCGUCGCUGGCGUUGGAAAAAGCUUCUCGGUGCAAAAGUUCACUCUGGACUGGGCCGAGGGUUUGGAAAACCAAGACGUCAGUCUGCUGAUUCUGCUUUCGUUCAGGGAGCUGAACCUGAUCAAAGACCAGCAGCACAGUCUUCUCACACUGCUCCAUGUUUUCCAUCCAACAUUACAGAAGGUCACAGCGGAGAAGCUCGCUGUCUGUAGACUGUUGUUCAUCUUUGACGGCCUGGAUGAAAGCAGACGUUCUCUGGAUUUCAACCACAGGGAGGUUGUGUCUGAUGUCACACAGAGGUCAUCAGUCAACGUGCUGCUGACGAACCUCAUCCAGGGGAAUCUGCUUCCCUCCGCUCUCGUCUGGAUAACUUCCCGACCUGCUGCGGCCAAUCAGAUCCCUCCGACUUGUGUUGACAGGGUGACAGAGGUACGAGGCUUCACCGACGCCCAGAGGGAGGAGUACUUCAGGAGAAGGUUCAGUGAUGAAGAGCUGUCCAGCAGAAUCAUCUCACACGUGAAGACGUCCAGGAGCCUCCACAUCAUGUGUCUAAUCCCAGUCUUCUGCUGGAUCAGUGCUGUAGUUCUGGAGCACAUGUUGACCACAGACCAGAGAGAAGAGCUGCCCAAGACCCUGACUGACCUGUACUCACACUUCCUGCUGGUUCAGACAAGGAGGAAGAAAGACAAGUAUCCUGAAGGACGUGAGACGAGUCCACAGGAGCUGACGGAGGCCGACAGGGAAGUUCUCCUGAAGCUGGGGAGGCUGGCGUUUGAACAGCUGGAGACAGGAAACAUCAUGUUCUACCAAGAAGACCUGGAGCGCUGUGGUCUUGACGUCACAGAGGCCUCGGUGUACUCAGGAGUUUGUACUGAGAUCUUCAGAAGAGAGUUCGUGAUCUUCCAGAAAACCAUCUACUGCUUUGUUCAUCUGAGCGUUCAGGAGUUCCUGGCUGCAGGAUACAUGUUCCACUGUGUCACCAACAGAAACACAAAAGUACUGGACGACUUCCUGGGGACGAAUUGGAACAACACACGUGACUCUCCUCUGGAAGACUUCCUGAAGACGACCAUGAAGAAAUCCCUUGAAAGUCAAAAUGGCCACCUGGAUCUGUUUGUUCGCUUCCUUCAUGGCCUCUGUCUGGAGUCCAACCAGAGACUGUUAAGAGGCCUGAUGGGUCAGAGAGAGAACGCUCCAAAUUUAAUCCAGAGAGUCAUCAACAACCUGAAGAAGAUGAACAGUGAUAAAAUCUCUCCUGACAGAAGCAUCAACAUCUUCCACUGUCUGAUGGAAAUGAAGAACCUCUCAGUACAUCAGGAGAUCCAAGAGUUCCUGAAGUCAGAGAACAGAUCAGAGAAGAAACUCUCUGAGAUCCACUGCUCCGCUCUGGCCUACAUGCUGCAGAUGUCAGAGGAGGUUCUGGAUGAGUUGGACCUGAACAAGUUCAACACAUCAGAUGAGGGACGAUGGAGACUGAUCCCAGCUGUGAGGAACUGCAGAAAGGCUCGAUUUAUUCGCUGUGGACUCUCAGACACUCACUGUGAAGUCGUGGCCUCAGCUCUGAAGUCCGACCCCUCCCACCUGACAGAACUGGACCUGAUGGGAAGCUCCCUGAAGGAUUCAGGAGUGAAGGUUCUGUUUGCUGGACUGGAGAGUCCACAUUGUAGACUGGAGACUCUGAGGUUGAGGGGCUGCAGGUUGUCAGAGAUCAGCUGUUCUUCUCUGGCCUCAGCUCUGAAGUCCAACUCCUCCCACCUGACAGAACUGGACCUGAGCUACAACAAGCUGCAGGAUUCAGGAGUGAAGGAGCUGUGUGGUUUUCUGGAGAGUCCACACUGUCGACUGGAGACUCUGAGGCUGUGGAUCUGCAGUUUGUCAGAGAUCAGCUGUUCUUCUCUGGUCUCAGCUCUGAAGUCCAACUCCUCCCACCUGAGAGAACUGGACCUGAGGUUCAACAAGCUGCAGGAUUCAGACCUGAAGAAGCUGCGUGAUCUUUUAGAGGCUCCUCAUUGUCAAAUUAAGACUCUUAGGGCAAAAAAAUGUUGGUUGAAUGAGACUCACUGUGAAGUCGUGGCCUCAGCUCUGAAGUCCGACCCCUCCCACCUGAGAGAACUGGACCUGAGUGAAAACUACCUGCAGGAUUCAGGAGUGAAGGUUCUGUGUGCUGGACUGGAGAGUCCACAUUGUAGACUGGAGACUCUGAGGUUGAUGAGCUGCAGUUUGUCAAAGAUCAUCUGUUCUUCUCUGGCCUCAGCUCUGAAGUCCAACUCCUCCCACCUGAGACAACUGGACCUGAGCCACAACAAGCUGCAGGAUCCAGGAGUGAAGGAGUUGUGUGGUUUUCUGGAGAGUCCACACUGUCGACUGGAGACUCUGAGGUUGUGGAGCUGCAUGUUCUCAGAGAUCAGCUGUUCUUCUCUGGCCUCAGCUCUGAAGUCCAACUCCUCCCACCUGAGACAACUGGACCUGAGCGACAACGAGCUGCAGGAUUCAGGAGUGAAGGAGCUGUGUGGUUUUCUGGAGAGUCCACACUGUCGACUGGAGACUCUCGGGUUGAUGAGCUGCAGUUUGACAGAGAUCAUCUGUUCUUCUCUGGCCUCAGCUCUGAAGUCCAACUCCUCCCACCUGAGAGAACUGGACCUGAGCGACAACAAGCUGCAGGAUUCAGGAGUGAAGGAGCUGUGUGGUUUUCUGGAGAGUCCACACUGUCGACUGGAGACUCUGAGGUUGAUGAGCAGCAGUUUGUCAGAGAUCAGCUGUUCUUCUCUGGUCUCAGCUCUGAAGUCCAACUCUUCCCACCUCAGACAACUGGACCUGAGGUUCAACAUCCUGCAGGAUUCAGGAGUGAAGGAGCUGUGUGGUUUUCUGGAGAGUCCACACUGUCGACUGGAGACUCUGGGGUUGAGGAGCUGCAGUUUGUCAGAGAUCAGCUGUUCUUCUCUGGCCUCAGCUCUGAAGUCCAACUCCUCCCACCUGAGAGAACUGGACCUGAGCCACAACGAGCUGCAGGAUUCAGGAGUGAAGGAGCUGUGUGGUUUUCUGGAGAGUCCACACUGUCGACUGGAGACUCUGAGGUUGAGUUACUGCAGUUUGUCAGAGAUCAGCUGUUCUUCUCUGGCCUCAGCUCUGAAGUCCAACUCCUCCCACCUGAGAGAACUGGACCUGAGGUUCAACAAGCUGCAGGAUUCAGGAGUGAAGAAGCUGCGUGGUCUUGUCCAGAGAGUCGUGGGUUGAGUCUGGAGCCAGUGAGGUGAGUGGAGGGCUGGAGUCAGUCUUGUACUGAUCACAGUCGGUAAGAGUUUCCUCAGUGAAGCUCAGAGAGCAGAGACAGACAGCGAGAGAGAGAAGAGUCGGCCAAUCAGACGAGCCAGAAGCUCGAUGACGUCACAUGAAGCUGGACUACACAGUCUCUGCAGACACGAGACUCCUCCCCCUGCUCCACCUGGACUCUUUUUAUUCAUCAACAUCUUCAGACCACCACGCUCCUCCACCUCUCAACAGCCUCCGUGGCAGAGGAGCCGUGUCAAUGUGUGUUGCUCUCCAGUUGUUGUCUUGUUUUUUUAAUGACCUGAUGAUGUCACUGUCAGUCUCACACCUUUUUUCAUAACGAUGCAGUGGGCGGAGUCAGACUCAGAGCUGGGGGCGGGGUUAAACUUUGAUUUGAUUUAUGUUGCUGCAACCUUUUCAACCUCUUUGGCUUUUUAUUGAUGCGAUUUGAGAAGUAUCUAUCUAUAUCUAUAUCUACAGUAUAUAUCUAUCUAUGUCUAUAUAUAUAUAUGUACAUUAAACAUUACCAAAUCUGGAGCCACACAUGUACUCAAAAACUAGAGAUAUGGUUUCAAUCAGUUGAUUAUAAUUUUUUGGAUCAAUUCAUUGACUCAUUGUUUGGUUUUUCAAUUGUAGAAGACGAAAAAAUCUUCAUAUCUGUAUUUGUGUCUCACCGAAAUGUUUCCACCAAUUACAUGGUUCUGUCAAACGUCACAUUUAUUCUGUGAAAAAAAUCAAGUUCUGCCUUCAUCGAUGGAUGAGAAGCUCAACAUAACUUUAGAAAGAACACUUGACACGAUGAUGUCACUGUGAACAGAUACUGUGCCGAGAGAUCAGAUUAUUUUGUUGGGUGGAAAAUAAAAUAAGAACAUUUGACUGAUUUAUUGACCUAACUAUGUAAAGUGACUUGAGACAAUGUAUGUUGGGAUUUGUUGCGAUACAAAUAAAACUGAAUUGAUCCGUGA